UAUAUACAUAAACAUACCUUCAUAUAGUGUGUGAGAAAGAGAUCUAGAUAGACAAAGCUUCAUACAAUGGAAGGGGUCGACGACACAAACCCGACGUUAACACUAGAAGAAGGCGAAAACAACCCUUUUUCUUCCUUUGACGAUAAAACAUUAAUGAUGAUGGAUCCUUCCUUGAUGUUUUCCAGCGAUAUGGGGCCAUCUUCAUCUUGUUCUCCGGCCAGUUUUUAUAUGUCUGCUCAGCCAGAGAAUUUUCAACAUGCUGAAGGAGGAGGAGACGCGGAGGAGAUUGGAGGAUUAAGUGAUCAUAAUAAGAAUAGUAAAGGGAAAGGGAAGAGAUCAUCGGCGAUGCAGAGGAUUGCGUUUCAUACGAGGAGUGAUGAUGAUGUUCUUGAUGAUGGUUAUAAGUGGCGAAAAUAUGGUCAGAAAUCUGUCAAAAACAAUGCUCAUCCCAGCAGGAGCUAUUAUAGAUGCACAUACCAUACAUGCAAUGUGAAGAAACAAGUGCAGAGAUUGGCAAAAGAUCCAAAAGUCGUCGUAACAACCUACGAAGGUGUUCAUAAUCAUCCUUGUGAGAAGCUCAUGGAGACUCUCAGUCCUCUCCUUAGGCAACUUCAAUUCCUCACCAGAGUUUCUGAUUUGUGAUUAAAUGUUAAUUAGUCGUGUAAUUAAAGCAUGUUAAUCUUGGUUUAAUCAUUCCAUUGACCUCAGUCUCCCAAGGGAUAAAUGUAUAAAACAAAUUUGAGAUUAUAAAAUUUUCAUGUUCGUUAA